AUGAAGCUCUUGAAACUUUUGCUGCCCCUUCUCCUUAUUGCAUCAGUGUCUGCUUUCUCCAUCUUUGGAUCUGUAAAUGAGGAAGUGAAUGAGGUUGCUGAUGCUGAGACUGAUGAGGUAGAAGCAGUUGAACUCUUUGAAGAAGAUGAUCUUGGAGAUGAAACAGAAGAAGAUGAAACUGAAGAGAAUGAAACUGAAGAAGAUGAUACUGAAGAAGGUGAAACAGAGGAAGAUGAGACCGUAAAAGAUGAGGAUGAGGAGGAAGAGGAAGAAGAAGAGGAAGAAAUUAAGACUGAGGCUCUAGAAUCAGACAAUGAGGAUGAUGAAGAUGAAGAUGAGUAUGAUGAAGAGUUAUCAGAGGAGGAGGAGGAGGAGGAGGAGGAAGAAAAUUAG